UGAUCUCGAUAGGGAACAGUCCGAGAUGCGAGCACAGUACUUUUGCCUCAACAUUCACAAUUUCGCAAAUAUCUGCAGUAACAUUAUUUAAAAUGAUAGGAAUCACGAUGACAAUUCGUAAUAUUCAGUGAGGGAUGUACCAGAAAAAUAAAUAAAUGAAUAAAUAGGAUAAUAAAAAACAUUGACUGGGGUAAGAAAGUUUGGACAAACUGGGCUUAGCAGUGAUCACAGUGAUAAUUACAUCAUCACGUCACGAGACGUGGUUAGCAAUAAUGAGGUUGUGAAGUCCAGCCUACGAACACGAGCAAACAGAACGAAGAAACAUUGAGGUGAUUGAGGCACGUAAAAUGGAAGGUACCGCCAGCGAAAAUCCUGUUUCAAAUGACGACGGAAGAGAAAAUGGGUUACUCUUGUAUUAUCAUCAGUAUUCAUUUUAUUCGCAAAAGGUUUUAUUGGCUUUGCAUGAGAAGAAAUUGCCUUACAAAUCACACAUAGUCAAUCUUAUAAAAGGGGAACAAUAUCAGCCUUGGUUCCUUCAUAUAAAUCCACGAGGAGAAGUUCCAGUUCUUAAAGAUGGCAUUAAGAUUAUUCCAGAUUCAGGAAGAAUAAUAGACUAUUUAGAAGACAACUUCAGUAAUGGCAGUACACCUAGACUUAUGCCAUUGGAAGAAGGAGCUGAUGUGCGUUCCAAAGUCACCCAUUUCCGAUCUUUGUUAGACCACAUACCAGCUGGAGCAAUUACCAUGGGAUCCUUUUUUCACACACAAUUCUGUGAUAAACCAAAACCACCAUUUAUUCAGCCUGUACGAAGACUACUGCAGUCUGCUGAAAAGAACAGUAGCACAAAUCUCCGUUUGUAUGCAGAGAAGAACCCAGAAAGCCGAGACACAUUACUUCAGAAAGCUAAUAGUCAAGAUGCACGGCAUGAAGCAUUACUUAACAAGGAUGAAUUUAAGAAACUCCUGGAUCAAACUGACUCAAUUCUGCAGGAUGUUGAAAAAGAACUUAGUUCACAUACUGAGGAUAAAACUGAUUGGUGGCUGUGUUGCAAUCACUAUACUGUUGCUGAUGUAUCGUUGACCAUAUUACUUGAUCGUUUAUAUCGACUAGGAUUAGAAAAUUAUUUUUGGGCAAAUGGCAAAAAGCCUCAUAUUGCUAACUACUAUCAACGUGUGCAAUUACGUGAUUCAUACCAAAAGACUAUUCCAUCAACAUUAUUCCACUUCAAAACACUUUUACAAUUUCAGAUGCCUUUUGUAAUAGGUUUAGGUAUAGUUGCAGCUUUUGCUGUAAUUAUUGGAGGACUUUUUUAUAUGAGAAAAAAAUAAAUUAUCCUUAAAUUUUUAAAAGCAAACAAUAUGGAAUAUAGCAGUGUGAAAAAGGGUGAUGUGAAUAUAAAUGAUAGAAAUGUAAGUCAUAAGUUCAAAAAGGAGAUUUGUAAGUUCUUUUAAAAAGGUGGAAGAAAAUUCAUAUUUAGAAAACUUAUGAUUGCAAAAUUCGGUAGAAGAUUUGCUUGAAGAUUUAGUAAUUGUGAAAUAUUGAAAUAUGGUUUAGCAUAAGAAACGUACAUAAACUUACAUUUGAUACAAUUAUUGUGAACUGAAAUUGCAAUUCAAUUCCAUGCCAGAAUAUGUUGAAUUGAAAGGUCUUGUUCCAGGGCUUGUCAGUAUAAAUCUGUACUCAGUUGUGUGAAUGUACAGAAUGACUAUAUUUGAAUGAAACAAAAAUGUCUUCCAUUUCAUAGCAAGCUCAAGAUCUAUUUUUGAUAUCAGUUUACAAAGUUGUUCAUUUUUUACAUACAAGUUCAAGUUUCACUUAUAACUAAAAUAGUUUUCCGUUUCAUUUGAGGAAUAUAUCACAGCCUAAAAACAUGAUCGUAAAAAUACUUAUUUAACUUGAAUGGUUUACUUUAUUUAAAAGCACCAGAGAUGGUCAAUUAAAGUUUUAAAAAUAAUUCAGAAAGUACUUGUAGUAUUAUCUAAAAUUGGUCUAGCUUUAGAAGUUUUAGAGCUGUAAACUUCUGUUAACUAUUAGAAGUUAUCAACAUUUAAAAUCCUUUUGACUCUAACUAGUAAAUAUUUCAAUGAUAUGAUUUCCAGUCAUCUGACUGUUGUCAGUAGGUGGAAACAGUCAAAUUUUCAAGAGUUGUGCAAAAGUAUGGUAAUUGUUGGGUAAUUCACCCCAAGAGAAAAGAACCUCCGUUUUUUCACUACUCGCAAAUUAUUAGCUAUUGUCACUCCUUGCUUACAAAAGCUAUUUUCUUAUAGAAGUUGGACAUGACACCAUUUCAUUUGAUCUGAAAAAGAAUUAUUAAUAAUAUGCUCCAUUUAGACCUUUAUUGUUCAUAUUUAGUUACUUAAUUAGGAAUACUUAAAAUUUUCCGUACGUAAGAAAAACAUAAGGAGCCAAUUUGCUUGCACAAGUGUCAUAUUUUGGUUGAAAAAGAUUGUUAAAUAUCAGAACUUUUUUUAUCAGAUUUGAGUGAGAGUUGAGAAACUUGGACUAAGUAUUUGUCCACUAUAAUUAUGUGAUUCAUUACACAGACUGGAAUAUUUUGUACAAAUACCGAGUAAUUUAGGUCGGAAAAUAAAAGUACAUGAAAAUAAUGAAUAUUUUUCAAAGGUUGUUGCUGCUGCUCCUAGUACGAAAAUUUAAAAAAAUCAUAUGUAAUUUUUGUUAGAUUUUCAGUGCUAAUCUUAGUAUUAAGUAAUGCUGAAAUAGGAUUACAAAAAUGUUUCUGAAUUUUUUAAACAUUUCUCUAGUAAAAUUGUUUUUAUUGAUAUACAUUUGCUGUUGUGUUGUCUCUAAAAAUUAAAGAUUUGGUUCCUCAAAGUCUAAAUAAAUAAAAUUACUGCAACAACAUCAUGUGAAAAAAUUAACUUUUGUCAGUAACAUUCCAAACAGCAUUUUCUUACUUCAAAAAUCUCAGUUAGUAAUUCUCAUAACCAUGACUCACUGUGAGUAGAUUGGUGGUGGCAGAUGGAUUGGAUGUAGAAUAUUUAGGGUUUCAUACGGCAUAUAGGAAGAUCGAAACAAAAAUAAAGAGAAAAAGAAGCUUGAGUACGCUUUGGUUGGCAGUUCUGUAUGGCUAUGAUUUGUAAUGUCUAUCAGUGUGAAUACAUUAUUAGCUCAAGUGAUUUUUAUGGUCUAUAGAUAAGUGCCUUAAAGUGAUUGAAACAAAAUAAAAAUCUGGAAAACAUUUGUA